CCAAGCUGCGGCUCCGUUCAUUUAUAUUCCGAGUGUUAAGCGCGUCGGUUUGCUAAGUGGUUCCAUCUUAAAAGUACAAAGCACCCUUCUUCGCCAUGAAAACUUUUAUUAAAAUUUCGCUGAGACUAGUGGCGCUUUGGGUUUGCUUGAUCUCCUGUCAGGCUUCACUGGAAAGGGAAAACAACGAAGUCAAUAAUAUGGCAAAUCACAAACUAAGUGGCGUUAUACAAUGGAAGUAUGAAAAGCGACCAUUUUGCAAUGCCUUUACAGGAUGUGGACGCAAGCGUACAUACCCCUCGUUUCCGCCAUUUUCAAUAUUCAAACGCAACGAAGUCGAGGACAAGCCCUAUAACAAUGAAUACUUGUCUGAGGGUCUGAGUGAUCUGAUCGAUAUUAAUGCCGAACCCGCCGUGGAGAAUGUACAAAAGCAAAUCAUGUCGCAGGCCAAAAUAUUCGAGGCCAUCAAGGAGGCCAGCAAGGAAAUCUUUCGGCAAAAGAACAAACAGAAAAUGCUGCAGAAUGAGAAGGAGAUGAGAGAACUGGAGGAGCUUGAGAACAAAUAAAUCUGAUAAUUCGGAACAAUCGGAUGACUGGAAUGGAAAUUGACUGGAUAGUUACCACACUGGUUUUGUUAUUGUACAUAUAUCUUUACCUAUGACUCUUCGAACUGCGAAAGAUUCUACAGCACUGGCAUGCAUUCAAUAAAAAUUGUUGACCUGA